AUGGGUAAUGAGGAGACCUCGCCAGGAAGCUCCAUGCAUGGAGUAUCAGCCAAAGAUCAGGCUUUUGCCUUCUCAGUACUGAGCGAUAAUAAUGAAAUUCCAACAGACACCAGUGCAAAAUUCUCUCUGCCAGUGGACUCAGAGCACAAAGCCAAAGUAUUCAAUCUUUCCUCCUUAGCCAAACCACACAUGACCACUUUCCACCUCUCCUGGCUCUCCUUCUUUACUUGCUUCAUCUCCACCUUCGCUGCCGCUCCCUUAGUUCCCAUCAUCAGAGACAACUUAAAUCUCACAAAGACAGACAUUGGCAAUGCCGGGAUUGCCUCAGUCUCUGGUAGCAUUUUCUCUAGGCUUGUAAUGGGCGCAGCAUGUGACCUAUUAGGUCCACGUUAUGGCUGUGCCUUUCUUAUAAUGCUUUCAGCCCCCACAGUGUUUUGCAUGUCAUUUGUGUCAUCCGCUGGAGGAUAUGUAGCUGUGCGCUUCAUGAUUGGAUUUUCUCUGGCAACUUUUGUGUCGUGCCAAUAUUGGAUGAGUACUAUGUUUAAUGGAAAGAUUAUUGGGCUUGUUAAUGGUACUGCUGCUGGAUGGGGUAACAUGGGAGGUGGGGCUACUCAGUUGCUCAUGCCUUUGUUGUAUGAGUUAAUUAGGCGAGCCGGGGCAACACCUUUUACAGCAUGGAGGAUUGCCUUCUUUAUUCCUGGGUGGUUACAUGUGAUUAUGGGAAUUUUAGUGUUAAGCUUAGGUCAAGAUUUACCUGAUGGCAACCGUAGUAGUUUGCAAAAGAAAGGGGAAGUUCAAAGGGACAAUUUCUCCAAGGUCCUGUGGUAUGCGGUCACAAAUUACAGAACAUGGAUCUUUUUCCUUCUCUAUGGUAUGUCAUUAGGGGUAGAAUUAACAACCGAUAAUGUUAUUGCCGAAUACUUCUUCGACAGGUUUAAUCUCAAGCUCCACACAGCCGGGACAAUAGCUGCCACUUUUGGCUUAGCUAACAUAUUUGCUCGCCCCUUCGGUGGCCUCAUGUCUGACAUUGCAGCCCGUCGAUUCGGCAUGCGAGGCCGUCUCUGGAACCUGUAUAUCCUUCAAACCCUUGGAGGAAUAUUCUGCAUCUGCCUAGGCCGAGCCAACUCUCUCCCUCUUUCCACAAUCUCCAUGAUCCUCUUCUCCCUUGGAGCCCAAGCAGCCUGUGGCGCUACAUUUGGUAUUAUCCCCUUCAUCUCUCGCCGUUCUCUUGGUAUCAUCUCUGGCCUCACUGGUGCAGGUGGUAAUUUUGGGUCUGGACUGACUCAGUUUCUAUUUUUCACAAGCUCAAAAUAUUCUACAGCAACUGGGUUGUCUUUGAUGGGAAUCAUGAUAGUUACUUGUACAUUACCAGUGGCUCUUAUUCAUUUUCCACAAUGGGGCAGCAUGUUCUUGCCUGCUACAAAGCAUGUUGACAAGUGUAGUGAGGAGUAUUAUUAUGGGUUAGAGUGGAACGAAGAGGAGAAAGAGAAAGGGUUGCACCAUGGGAGCCUUAAGUUUGCUGAGAAUAGCAGGUCCGAGAGAGGACGACGUGUCGCCUCUUUAGUAACCCCACCUACUUCUGCACCUGCUAAAGUUUAG